CGGCUAAAACUCUCUCGUUCCCACGCGCUUCCCCUCUCUCCCGCUCCCACUAAACCCUAGACCUCGCUGUCGCCGCCGCCACCCGCUUCCCCGCCGCUGCCUUCCUCCUCCCGACGAGCCGGUUUCCACGCGCUAGAUUCUUCGAGGGAGGUGUCGGGGGCAGCUGGCGAUGGGGGUGGAGCUGCGGCGCGACGACAUGGAGGCGGCGGCGGAGGCCAUCAGCGACUCCGAGGCGUUCCGGAUGGUCGAGCACGUGCUCCAGUCUGUGCGCAUGGAUCCUUUUCUAGUUGAUCUAAGGGACAAAGAUCAGUAUGAUAUCCUGCUAAGCAUUGUAGACUCAACCAAGAAAAGGAGUCCUGAUGAUGAAGCUUUGCUUGUGACAACUUUGAAGGCACUGUCAGAAGCAGUAUCCAAGAUUGACAUCAUGUACCACCAUGCACUUUUGCACAAUAUAUUUACCAUGUGCAUCUGGUACUUCCACAGAGACACAAGGGAUGCGCUUUUGGAUUUAAUCACCAGAUUGGCUGCUGUGGCUGAUCAGUAUCUCAGAGAAUGUUUGCAGAUGCUUGUGAACAACUUCACUCCACCUGGACCACUUGCGCCAUUCAUGGAGCAACCAAGAUGGCUUGCAAGGAAGAAAGAAAUCUAUUAUCAGUUGCAUGAGAGUUUGAAAAUGAUUUCUGACACUGUACCCUUAGCACCAAGGAUGUUAAAGGAUAUAAUCGAUAGGAGUAUGCCAAAAUUAUUUGAUAACAAAUCUAAGAUGGUAUCUUUUGUCGAGUGCAUGUUGGGUCUUGAUACUGACAGAAUGGGGGACCUUAUUGGAGCUUUAUUGCUGGCGAAAGUUGUGGAUCUACUUAUGGAAUUGGAUGUUAAUAUAACUUGGGAAGACAUUCUUCAAGAGGAACAUAACAAAGGUAUAUUUGACAUGGAGCUUGAAGAUUUGGACGAGGAUGAGGAUAACCUUGGCCAAGAAGGAACAAAGACCCUUUUUGGAGGAAAUGCCUGUGCCGAAAAACUUGACGGUUUAAUGGUUGUUGUGUGCGAGCACCUCAAGUCAUGCACAGAAAAUGGUCGCUUACCCAAGGAGUUUGAUAUUUUGAAGACUAUAUUUCGAGCAUCUGUGCUGAGGGUGCACAAAUCCAAAUUUGCCCAGUUUAUCAUGUUUUAUGCCUGUUCAUUGGAUCCUGAAAUCUGUGGUCUUGAGUUUGCUCUAUUUCUUACUGACAUUUUUACUAAGAAGGAGGAGGAUCCAAUAUGUCGGAUGUCUGCAGUUUCAUAUGUUGGAAGCUAUCUGUCCAGGGCAAGGUUCAUUUCUGCGGAUACAGUUGUUGGUGUACUCAAAAGGUUAGUGGACUGGUGCGUUGAUUAUUGUGACCUUCAGAAUAGCAGAGGGAUGACGACCAAGGCUGUAAAUCAUCAAAUAUUUUAUGCUAGCUGCCAGGCUGUGAUGUAUAUCCUUUGCUUUCGCUUGAGGUCCAUUAUGGACUACCCAAAUCUUAAAUUACAGCUUUUCCAAAUGCCGAUCGGGUAUAUCUUUACCCAUCCACUGGAGCCUUUAAAGGCAUGCUUGCCUUCAAUAGUAAACGAGUUCCUGAGACAGGCUAAGGCUGCAAGGCUGUUUAAUGCAUCUGUGGAUUCAAUGUUUGAAGAUACAAUUGAAUCUGAUUUAUCAAAGGCUUUUGGAGGACUUAAUAUACUUGACAUGUUCUUCCCCUUUGAUCCAUAUUUGCUGAAAGAAUCUGACAGAUACAUGCGUCCAAAUUUUGAGUUCUGGUCCAUGGCCAAGACAACAUACAACAACAACAGUGAUGAUGAUGAGCUUGGGGACCUUGACGCUCCUGAAAUGAAUGUGGGCAGCUUGGAUGAUCAUGUUGAGAUAGAUUUCAACAGUGAUGAUGACUUGGAAUAUUCGAUGAACAAGAUGUCCAUAACGCCGCACCGCUCUUUCUACCAUCCAAUGGCUACAAACAGUGAUACUGGCCUUAGCAUGCCUGCGAGGAUCAGGCCUUCAGUGAGCCCUCCAUCAUAGUGGGGGUUGUCGCAAGAAUGUUUGAGCGAACUUGUUCUUCACAUCAUGGACGAAACAGGCAGAUGCUGCGAGAUGCAUGUGCUGAGGGAGGCAACAGGGUAUGACUAUCAAACAUAUAUGGGAGCUUUCUUUGAUAGUUGGUAGUAGGGUUUAACAACCCAUUCUUUUGCAAUGUGUUCAGCCCAAGCAGGUUAUCUUUUGGGAUGAAAUGUAAAGUGCAGAUGUUUUGACAAAAAACGAGUGAAAAGUGGUUUGAGUUUGUAUACUAAAUUAUAGUAGGCAGCCGUUGGGGUCGGGAAUAUUUGAGUAAGACAAGCAUGUUUUGAUGUAGAAUGGUGCGUCGAAAGGUUCAUAUUGGGACACCAAAGAUCUAACGUGGGUGUUGUUUCUAUUAUGUAUCUUUAAUCAGAUGGAAUUACAUGUCACCAGCUGAAUAGAGUCGGCCCCUGUAUGCUUUUUGGAAACCGGAAUGGUUUUUAUACUGCCA